AGAGGCGGGACCAGCUUCUUCCGGUGCUCACACCGCCCCCACCUGGGUUACCAUGGUAACAAGGCAGCCGGUUGACGGGCAGGUGUGGACCCGGUGGAUGUAAAGGCGAAACGAUGACGGUACUCAGUCAGGUGCUUGCUCAGGCCACGUCACGUCCACUCCGCUCCCCCUCUGCCUCUCUGGCCCAUCCAGGUCGCCCCCUGUAGACAUGUCCAAGAGGUUGAUCCAGAACCUCGCCAAGGCCAUCUCCAAAAAUGUGGUCCACUUCAACAAAAUGGAGGUGGAGUGCCUCAUUCGGGAGUUCCACUCCUUGCUGGGCCAGCCCAACAGCGCCGGGAAAAGCGACAACUUGGACGAAAGAAGGUUCAAAGGCAUUCUGAAGAACGACUUUGGACUCACCAACGACACCAUCAUGGAGAGAGUCUUCAGGUCAUUUGACAAAGACAGUGACGGCUGUAUCAGCGUCAAAGAGUGGGUGGAGGGCCUGUGCGUGUUCCUCCGUGGGUCCUUGGAUGAGAAAAUCAGAUACUGUUUCCGUGUGUACGACCUGAGCGGCGACGAACACAUCUCCAGAGAGGAGAUGCUGCUGAUGACCAGGAACUGCCUGCGACUGCAUGGAGAGGAGGACCCCUUUGACGGCAUCAAAGACCUGGUGGAGAUCACACUCAAGAGGAUGGACCACGACAACGACGACAGACUGUCUUUUGACGACUAUGAGAAAUCGGUAAAAGAGUUCAACAUAGUGCUCGAGGCUUUUGGGACCUGCCUUCCCAACGCCUUGAGGAUUGAAGAAUUUGAGCAGCGUGUAUUUCAGGAAAAGUCAGACCAGAGAUGACUUUCACACUCUCAGCUAUUUGUUUUUAAUUAGUGUGGUUAAAUGUGGAAAUAAAAGUAUUGUGUGAGAAA